AUGGCUUCAAAUGUUCCCUCUCUUUCACCUACAAGAAACAAGAAAAGUUUAUCAAUCAAGGACAAAAUUGAUAUAAUGACUGCAGUGGAAAGUGGCAUGAAGAAAUCAGACAUUGCUGCAAAAUAUGGCAUAAAGAAAAACUCUCUGUCUUCCAUUAUGAAAAGCAAAGACAGAAUUUUAGAAGCCUUUGAAUUUCAGCAAUUUGAUCCUAAAAGAAAAAGGUUAAGGACUGCAUUGUAUACCGAUCUUGAAGAGGAACUGUUGAAAUGGUACAGAAUGGCACAGGGCCUGAAUGUAACGAUCAGUGGACCAAUGCUACGUCUCAGAGCUAAUGCUAUCGCUCAGAAACUUGGACAUAGUGAUUUCAAAUGUAGCAAUGGCUGGCUGGAUCGAUUUAAAUCAAGGUAUGGAUUAACAUUCAGAUCACAGUCUGUAUUAGCUGCUGGUGGUACUACUACCAUUGCUCCUGUAACUGCAAUGGAUCCUGCAACUGCUUGGUACAGAAACAUCCUUCCUUACUAUUUAAAGGUUUAUCAACCAAAGGACAUAUUUAACAUGAAGGAGACAGGAUUGUUUUAUCAGCUAUUACCUAUUAAUACUUUUUCAUUUAAAGGAGAAGAACGCUCAGUAGGGAAAUUAAACAAGGACAGAAUAACUGUACUGGUUGGUGUUAAUAUGGAUGCCUCAGAAAAACUUCCUUUGCUUGUCAUUGGAAAAAACAAAACUCCCCCUUGCUUUCAAGGAGUGAAGUCACUGCCUGUAGAAUACCAGGCAAAUGCUAUGGCAUGGAUAACUUUGGAGGGAUUUAAGUUAUGGGUAUGCAAGCUUGACAAGAGAUUUCAAGCACAGGAGCGGCAAGUUGUCAUUUUUGUAGACUUGUUUCCAGUUCACCCAGAGAUAAAACAUUUGAAGUCCAUCAAACUUGUGUUUUUUCCUUCUUGCUCAUUCUCCAGAUUCUCAGCAAUGAAGCUUGGGAUUAUUAAGAGUAUGAAAAUCAAGUACUGGUACCUUCUUUUGAAAAGAUUUAUAGACUGUGUAGAAGCUGGUAAGGAAUUCACUUUGUCAUUGCUUGAGGCAAUUGAUAUGUUGCACCUCUGCUGGAUAGCAGUAUCUUCAAAGAUUAUUGUAAAAAGCUACAGAGAAGCAGGAUUUACAUCACAAUCUGAACAUGUUGAUGUUAAUACAGAAGCUGAAAGUAAUCUAGAUUUGGCUGAGUAUGCAUUGGCUGCAGGAGUAGAGCUUCCAAAAAAUUUGUCUUUGGAAAAAUAUGCAGCUUUAGAUGAAGACUUGCUCACCUGCGAAAUGAUAACCCCUAACAGUGAAAGAUUCUGGGCUGAACAGUGCACUUCAAAUGAAAGUUAUGAUGAAGGAGAUGUGUCUCCAGAAGUCAAGCACUCUUUACCAUCCAAGAAUGAGGCUCUUGGUGCUUUAAGCACGCUUCGCAGAUUUCUCAGAAGUCAAGACUUGAAUGAGUCUCUUUAUAACUGUCUGGCAGUUUUAGAGAACCAUGUUCAGUUUGAAGUAUCUAAAUAA